GGGCAAUUUUAACCUAUUUGAGUUACUAACAUGCUUCAGUGGAAUAGUAGAAAUGGCAAAUCCAGUAUCAAUUUAGUGUAUCUUCAUUGUUGAUGUUAUCUUCGAUAUUUGUUACUCUUUGAGUGAAGUUUUUGGUGUUGGUAUUGCUGCAUUUGUUUAAAAGCGAGCUUUAGAGUUUUACUGGGGAUGGGUUCGGAGGAGAAUGUAGCGGAGACGUGGAACGAAGAGGACAGUGCUUGCAAAGCGUGGACCUUAUGCAAACAUACUUUUAAUAACUUAGCGCAUGUUUCUCCUGUGGUAUUUCUGUUCCUGGUGAAACAGUGUUACUUUUAUGGCACAUGUAAGGCGGGAGCAAAAUUCCGAGCCCUUCAAGAUCAAAUAUGUCUUGUGCUCCAUAAUGAUCCCAAACCUGGACCAGCAACUUUUAUUGUUCAGUGUCUGUAUGUGUCGCCUUUAUUUGAAGAUAAUAAUAGUCAAGGAUUUACUCAUUUGCUUGUAUCUGCUCUUCGCCACUUCCUGAAAAGGUCAACCACUUCGGAAGACUCUUUGGAAAUGAAUUACUCGGCUGCCCGCCUACUUCUGGAUAUUAUUAGAGGCCAGGUCCAUCAUGAUGAUAAGAUAGUUAUCAAAUUAUUGGAGAUGUUUGAUAUAGAACUAACAAAUAUGGAGAAAGCAAUGUGCCAAAUUGAGGAAAAAGAUGAUUUAAGUUGUGGCAUGGCAAAAGAAUUUGUUGAGCAGUAUAUUUUUAAAUUGGUGGAGUCCAAGUUGUACAUGAGCGCUGUCACUUUAAUAGAGAGUUUAUCUAUCCGCCAUUAUGGUCAAUCUUUUCUCCUUGAUAUGAUUAAAAAUAAUCAAUUUAAACCAGCAGAGAAGUGGGCUACAUUUAUGGGGAAGCCAAUGUUGUCCAUGCUUAUUGAGGAGUUACUGGAGAGGAACAUGCUAAAGAAUGCCUAUGAGAUUAUAAAGGAAAAUAAUCUAAAUCAGGAUUUUCCAGAUGUAUACAAGAAGUGUAAAGAAAGAACACUAAAGAGCUUAGCGGAAAAAGGAUGUUGGGAUGUUGCAGAAGAAAGAACAAACAAUGACAGACAACUUAUGGAAUAUUUGGUUUAUUUGGCAAUGGAAGCUGGUUACAAGGAAAAAGUGGAUGAACUGUGUGAUCGGUACUCCCUACAGAACUUUUGGGAUAUUAAAGUGCCUGAAACAAGUAUUCUGCAAGGACGUUAUUUGCAUCUUGAUGAACUAAUGGUUGAAGACAUCAUCUGGGUUGAUGAAGUUGAAGGUUUGAUAGAUGCAACUUGUCAUAUUGAGGGUGUUAAAAUUGUAGGUGUUGAUUGUGAAUGGAAACCAAAUUAUGUAAAAGGCAGCAAGCCAAACAAGGUUUCUAUCAUGCAAAUUGCCACAGAAAAGAUGGCUUUCAUAUUUGAUCUGAUAAAGUUACACAGAGAGGUGCCUGACAGUUUAGACGACUGUCUGACUCGCAUAUUGCUGUCAUCCAGAAUACUAAAACUUGGGUAUAAUUUCCAAUGUGAUAUAAAGCAACUUGCUUCCUCAUAUGGAGAGUUGAAAUGCUUCAAGAACUAUGAAAUGUUGCUUGACAUUCAGAAUGUUUUUAAAGAACCUCGGGGUGGGUUGGCUGGGCUUACAGAGAAAAUUCUGGGUGCUCGUUUAAACAAGACAAGACGAAACAGCAACUGGGAGCAACGACCUUUAACUGAAAAUCAACUAGAAUAUGCUGCCCUGGAUGCUGUUGUACUGAUUCACAUUUUCCGCCAUCUUCCGGAUCAAGGACAUGAUAAAUUUGGGUGGAAGUCUUGCAUCAUGUCUCACUCGGAAAACACCAAGAAAUCCAACAAAAAAAAACAUGUUGCCAACAGUCAAAUAGACCGUGAUUGAGACCACCCCAGCAUUGAUCCUCAACUGAAAUGUAAAUAGUAAGUUUCAAAUAGGAAAAAAUAACAUUUUUUCAAAUGUAACUAUUUUGUCUCCAUUAGUUUCAUUGAAUAUUUAUCUUGUCGGUUUUUUUUUUUAAAUGGCAGUUUAAUACUGGUAA